GAGGUUGGCAAAAAGCAGCCUGCCCUUGAUGUUCUCUAUGAUGUUAUGAAAAGUAAGAAACACCGAACAUGGCAGAAAAUCCACGAGCCGAUUAUGCUGAAGUACCUGGAACUCUGUGUGGAUCUCCGCAAGAGUCAUCUGGCAAAAGAAGGACUGUACCAGUACAAAAAUAUUUGUCAGCAGGUGAACAUCAAAUCUUUGGAAGAUGUUGUUCGAGCUUAUUUAAAAUUAGCUGAAGAAAAAACAGAAGCAGCUAAGGAAGAAUCUCAGCAGAUGGUACUGGACAUAGAAGACUUAGAUAACAUUCAAACUCCAGAAAGUGUUCUUUUGAGCGCUGUAAGUGGAGAAGACACUCAGGAUCGUACUGACCGACUGCUUUUGACACCCUGGGUUAAAUUUCUAUGGGAAUCAUAUAGACAAUGUUUGGAUCUUCUCCGAAAUAAUUCUCGAGUGGAACGCCUGUACCAUGAUAUUGCACAGCAAGCUUUUAAGUUCUGCCUGCAGUACACACGUAAAGCUGAGUUCCGUAAACUGUGUGAUAACCUGCGAAUGCAUUUGGGGCAGAUCCAGCGUCAUCAUAACCAAAGCACAGCAAUCAACCUCAACAAUCCUGACAGUCAGUCCAUGCACUUGGAGACCAGGCUUGUGCAGCUUGACAGUGCUAUUAGCAUGGAGCUGUGGCAGGAAGCUUUCAAAGCAGUGGAGGAUAUUCAUGGGCUCUUUGCACUGUCUAAGAAACCACCCAAACCACAACUGAUGGCAAAUUACUAUCACAAAGUUUCAACUGUCUUCUGGAAAUCAGGAAAUGCUCUUUUUCAUGCAUCCACACUUCACCGACUUUAUCACUUAUCAAGAGAAAUGCGGAAGAAUCUCACACAAGAGGAGAUGCAGAGGAUGUCUACUCGAGUCUUGUUGGCCACUCUGUCAAUUCCUAUAACUCCUGAGAGAACUGAUAUUGCUCGCCUUCUGGAUAUGGAUGGUAUCAUUGUUGAGAAACAGCGACGUCUGGCAACCCUGUUGGGUCUGCAGGCCCCACCUACGCGUAACAGCCUCAUUAAUGAUAUGGUAAGGUUCAACGUAGUGCAAUAUGUUGUUCCAGAGGUAAAAGAACUUUACAAUUGGCUUGAAGUGGACUUUCACCCGCUCAAGUUAUGUAGCCGUGUCAGCAAGGUUCUGAACUGGGUGAAAGACCAAGCUGAAAAAGAACCUGAACUGCAGCUGUAUGUUCCUCACCUGCAAAACAAUACCAUUCUUCGCCUUCUGCAGCAGGUGGCCCAGAUUUAUCAAAGCAUUGAAUUUGCUCGUCUGGCUAGCCUGGUUCCUUUUGUGGAUGCUUUCCAGCUGGAACGUUGUAUCGUUGAUGCAGCCAGACAUUGUGACUUACAAGUUCGCCUUGAUCAUACUACCCGGACCCUGAGUUUUGGCUCAGAUUUGAAUUACAGUACGAGGGAAGAUGCUCCCCUAGGCCCUCAACUGCAAAGUAUGCCUUCUGAGCAAAUUAGAAAUCAAUUGACUGCUAUGUCCUCAGCUCUGGCUAAGGCUCUUGCAAUCAUUAAGCCUCCUCAUUUACUGCAAGAAAAGGAAGAACAACAUCAGCUGGCAGUCACGGCCUUCCUGAAAAAUUCAAGGAAGGAGCAUCAGCGUAUUCUUGCACGUCGUCAAACUAUAGAGGAAAGAAAAGAACGCCUUGAAAGUUUGAACAUUCAGCGUGAAAAAGAAGAACUGGAACAACGUGAAGCAGAAUUACAAAAAGUCCGGAAAGCUGAAGAAGAGAGACUGCGCCAGGAGGCAAAGGAAAGAGAGAAGGAGCGUAUCCUGCAAGAGCAUGAACAAAUCAAAAAGAAGACUGUUCGUGAGCGCUUGGAGCAGAUUAAGAAGACUGAACUGGGAGCCAAAGCAUUUAAAGAUAUUGAUAUUGAGGAUCUUGAAGAAUUGGAUCCUGACUUCAUUAUGGCUAAACAAGUUGAACAGCUUGAAAAAGAAAAGAAGGAACUUCAGGAACGCCUGAAGAAUCAGGAGAAAAAGAUUGACUAUUUUGAAAGAGCGAAGCGCUUAGAGGAAAUUCCUUUAAUAAAGACUGCAUAUGAGGAGCAAAGAGUGCAUGAUAUGGAGUUGUGGGAGCAACAGGAAGAAGAAAGGAUCACCACUUUGCAGUUGGAGCGUGAGAAAGCCCUUGAGCAUAAGAACAGGCUCUCAAGGAUGUUGGAGGAUAGAGAUCUAUUUGAAGCCAGGCUCAAAGCAUCACGACGAACAGUUUAUGAGGAUAAACUCAAGCAGUUCCAGGAACGGUUAGCAGAAGAGAGGCGUAAUCGUUUGGAGGAACGCAAGAAACAGCGGAAAGAAGAGAGGCGCAUUACUUAUUACAGAGAAAAGGAGGAAGAAGAACAAAGAUUACGAGAAGAACAGCUGCUUAAAGAGCGUGAGGAAAAGGAACGCAUUGAGCGUGAGAAACUGGAGAUUGAAGAAAGAGAGCGGCGUCGAGAAGAAGAAAGAAGAGGUCUGGAUGACCCAUUUUCAAGAAAGGAAUCUCGUUGGGGUGAUAGGGAGUCUGAAAGCUCCUGGAGAAGAGGUGGUGAGGCAGAAUCUGAAUGGCGACGAGCACCAGUGGAAAGAGAUUGGCGUCGAGGAGAACCAAGAGAUGAUGAAAGAUCUUUCCGACGAGGGGAUGAUCUGCCACGACGAGGGGAUGACCUGCCCCGACGUGGUCCUGCGGAAGAAAAGGAACGUCCUUCUACAGAAUCAACGGAGGAGAGGCCACCUAGACGUGAAGGGGAUGAGGACAGGCCACCUAAACGUGAAGGAGAUGAGGAGAGACCGCCCAGACGUGGAUUGGAUGAGGACAGGCCACCCAGGCGUGGUUUGGAUGAUGAUAGAGGAAGCUGGCGGGCUGCAGACGACGACAGGGGUCCCAGACGUGGCAUGGAUGAUGACAGGGGUCCCAGACGUGGCAUGGAUGAUGAUAGGCCACCCAGGCGCGCUUUGGAUGAUGACAGGCCACCCAGGCGUGGCUUGGACGAUGACAGAGGCAGUUGGCGUGCAGCAGAUGACGACAGAGGACCCAGGCGGGGGAUGGACGACGACAGGCCACCCAGACGGGCUUUGGAUGAUGACAGACCACCUAGGCGUGGGCUGGAUGAUGACCGGGGCAGCUGGCGUGCUGCAGAUGACGACAGAGGUCCCAGGCGUGGGAUGGAUGAUGACAGAGGUCCCAGGCGGGGAAUGGAUGAUGACAGAGGUCCCAGGCGAGGGAUGGAUGAUGACAGGAUGUCAAGGCGUGACGAUGACAGGGGACCAUGGCGUAGUGCUGAUGAUGACAGGCUCUCCAGACGAGAUGAUGACAGGGGUCCAUGGCGUAGCGGUGAUGAUUCAAGGCCAGGUCCUUGGAGACCAUUUGGGAAACCAGGGGGAUGGAGAGAACGAGAAAAGGCUCGUGAAGACAGCUGGGGACCUCCCCGAGACUCCAGACCUCCAGGAGACCGGGAAUGGGAUAGAGACAAAGAUCGGGAUGAAAAUGAGAAAGACCGUGAAUUUGACAGAGAGAGAGAUUUUGAUCGAGAUGAUCGUUUCAGGCGUCCCAGGGAUGACGCUGGUUGGAGAAGAGGACCAGCUGAGGAAAAUUCCAGCUGGAGAGAUUCAAGUCGGCGUGAAGAGUGGGACAGAGGUGGUCGUGACAUGAGAGAUCGACGUGCUGAUGACAGAGAUGCACCUGCCAGAAGAGGACCACCACUCAGAUCUGACCGGUAAGAGCCAAGCUCAUGGCGGCGUGCUGAUGAUAGGAGAGAAGAACGUGGGGAAGAACGUGAAACAGUUCGGCGAUCAGCUCCUGCUCCUGCUGCUUCUCCAGCUUCUGCUCCCCCACCAGCAUCAAAAGAUCGAGAAAGAGAUGGUGAGAAGGAGAAGGGUUCCUGGAAAUCAGAAAAGGAGCGUGAGCCCGUUCGCCGUACUAAAAAUGAGACAGAUGAAGAAGGGUGGACCACUGUACGACGUUAAAUGAAAAUCACAGAGUUUAACCAAUGUUUUAGCUUUGAUUUGAUCGAAUCCACAGUUUAUAUUUGUGCUUAUAAAC